CUAAUACACAUAAAUUUCAGAUCCUAUUCCUCAAGAAACGUAACUUUAUUUACCACAAACUAGAAAAUGGAUCAUUGAUUUAUUCUAGGAAAGGGAAAUAAAGAAAUCAGGAUGUCGUCAAAUUAACCGGAAAUCUGUGUUUUCAUUUCAUCGAAGAAAUAGAUGGCAAAGGAAUCUCAUUGGACAUCUCUCUCAAAGUUCAGUAUGUCUGUGAUGAUGUUCUUAACAUCACUAGCUCUGCUAUCGGUAACAGAAUCAAAUGCCGCUAAGGUAAAGACGUACCAUGAUAAACGCCAGAUCUCUACCUUGUUACCAUAUCAGCGCCCUCAGAUAACAUCUCUGUACGGACUUCCGCCUAGAAGACGUUAUAAGCAGCCUCCAAUUUACCAGUAUAAUACAGAAUAUAAAAAUACUGCACAUAUUGCACGAGCGAAGCAGCCGCAAACGGGACUUCCAGGCUCACAGUAUUCAAAAAUAUUUAAAGCUCAGCCACAGAGACAGUACGUUUCUUAUUAUUAUCCUCAUCGGACCCACUACAGGGACUGGUCUCGGAAGCUUCUUGAAGCGAGUGCGUUUGCGCGAAAGCUACAGGAAAGUAGAAAACAAACCCUCCUGCGGCAGAAACAGAGAACGGAUCCGAGUGGUGCAGGGAUCAAGUUUUUUGUCGCUGGUGUAAAUCCAAAUGGAAAAGUCCUGCAACAGUUGGCUACUCAGGGGAAAGUUCAAAACGCAAACGGAAAUAUUGUUUCCAAUAAACCCUUAAAACAAAACUUUGCUGAAAAUAUUCCAAAUACUCAACUUUCCGGCGCGACACGACCCAUUCAGCUGAGUCCUUCACCAGCAACUGUUACAAAUAUGAACAACAAACCGCAAAGGGGACCUGCCUUUGUUGUCAGUCACCCAGAGAUUCCAGCAAGUCCACCUUUACAAGAUCAAAAUGCAAAGACGAAAACGAGUUCUAAUGAAAUGUCUCCUCGUCCGUUGUCAGUAGGGAUGACAGUUGGAAAUGAUAAAAAUGCUAAUCUUCAGUCGCAACCAAGACUUAUCCCCUCCUUCAACAAGGGAUCCAGCACCAAUUCAAAUGGCGCAAUUUUGAGUGAUAAGUUCGAAGGUGCUGCUUUGGGACCGAAAGCGCAUUCAUUACUUCAACCGACUCCCGCUCUGCGGUCAAGCCAAAGCGGCGACCUGCCACAUUUCCACGCCGAUGAGAAUAAAAAGCCUAACAUGAGCCACAUUUCUCUUGGCUCAGGAAUCAGUUUAAAUAAUGGGUCCCCAGCUAAUGAUUACACCUUGACACAAGAAGAACAAAGGAAUGCUCUCACUGGAAAAGAUCAGAAUCAACUGAUUAAUAAAGGUUCUGGAAAUCUCCUAGGAAAUUCACCUUCAAUAACCCAAGACAACUCGCAUCCUUUACUUCAAACGAGUAUUUCGGAUAAACCCGCGCAGGGAGGAAGUCAAGCAUCGUUGACGACUCAGGAGAUGAAAAAUGUUCAAGCUUCAACAAGCCCCGCUUCAAAUUCUGCUAAUGUUGAUAAAUCUACUGCUCAAGAGCUUAAGGCUGGUCUCGUGUUCGCCUCACCUUCCAGAACGCCAUCUCAGGCACUGGUCACACAACCGUCUCGUCCAAGAAUUGCACCAAACGGGAAAAACUCCUUCUCGAGAAAUGACUUACCAGGAGGUUUUAUUCAUGACCCGCAAACACAAUUAGACAAAGAGUUGGCUCUGAAGAACCUUCUGUUUCCACCGCCUGCUGUAUCGAAAAAUCAAGCUUUUGGCACAAAUCCUGUUGUCCCUUCAAAUUCUGCUCAAUUUCAGCAGCCACAGCAGGGUCCCCGCGCUCAAGUUGACAACAUGAUACCUACUUUCCCAGCCUUCCGAUAUGAUCGAAGACAUAACAUCCCACAAUCUCCUUCACGCAUUGACAAGAAGUCGUUUGUUCCGCAAAAUAACAAGGUUCCUUAUAAGGGUUCGUUUCCUCUUAUGUUGCACAAGUUUUCACCCUACUUCAAAAUGAAACGAAAUCUCAAACAAGUGGCGAGCGAACAGGCCAAGGCCAGAAGGCGAUUUCUUGAACUGCAACCUAUCAAAUGAUAAUUGUGGACCACCAUGUUGGGCUAGUAUCCUGGAUAAAUGUGCAGUUUGGUUGGAAGUAAAAGCAGUGCUUUUGGUAAACCCUUGUACUCCGCCAAAUGUAUUCAUAUAUCAUACUGGACUUGCCAUAGCCGUUUCCGAAAGGCGUUUUACCACACUGAGACGUCUUUUUGACACUAAGCGAAAUAGUUGGUACUCAAACUGGUAUUCAUUAGAAAUGGUAAAUAUAGAAGAUAGAGGUAGAGAAAUGACAAGCAAAAAAAAUGGAUAGAUUAGUUAUUGCGGGAUCCAAUAAAAGGCUGCAUACUGUACACAAGUAAUAGAGUUGAAAGAGUUCGCAGCUCGAUCUCAACAUGCAGUCACUGAAAUUGUUAUUCCGAACUUGUAUACCAUAUACCUGAUACGCUGAUCGUUUACGCAAUGAUUCUGUUUGAUCAUAGAGUUUCAUGAAAGCGCUUUUCUACUGAGUGUUGUAAAAUCGAAACCAAAGUAAUCACAAUGGCCGAUCAGAUAAAGGAAAACGCCUUUAAGAACCACUGAGAACUCAAAGUAAAUACGACCAAAUUGCCUAAAAGGCGGGAAAACGCGGGUGACCAAGUCGUAAUUUGGUUUUAGUUUUGUAUCUGAUUGGAUAAACAAUGACGCGAGUUUUCUGGACCAAUCGCAGAGCGAAAUAAA